AUGGGUGUCCCCACCCCCUGUACAUCCCUCCCAUGUCUUUCUGGGGUAGGAGAUGGGUGUCCCCACCCCCUGUACAUCCCUCCUAUGUCUUUCUGGGGAGAUGGGUGUCCCCACCCCCUGUACAUCCCUCCCAUGUCUUUCUGGGGUAGGAGAUGGGUGUCCCCACCCCCUGUACAUCCCUCCCAUGUCUUUCUGGGGUGGGAGAUGGGUGUCCCCACCCCUUGUACAUCCCUCCCAUGUCUUUCUGGGGUAGGAGAUGGGUGUCCCCACCCCCUGUACAUCCCUCCCAUGUCUUUCUGGGGAGAUGGGUGUCCCCACCCCCUGUACAUCCCUCCCAUGUCUUUCUGGGGAGAUGGGUGUCCCCACCCCCUGUACAUCCCUCCCAUGUCUUUCUGGGGAGAUGGGUGUCCCCACCCCCUGUACCUCCCUCCCAUGUCUUUAUGGGGAGAUGGGUGUCCCCACCCCCUGUACAUCCCUCCCAUGUCUUUCUGGGGAGAUGGGUGUCCCCACCCCCUGUACAUCCCUCCCAUGUCUUUCUGGGGAGAUGGGUGUCCCCACCCCCUGUACAUCCCUCCCAUGUCUUUCUGGGGUAGGAGAUGGGUGUCCCCACCCCCUGUACAUCCCUCCCAUGUCUUUCUGGGGGUAGGAGAUGGGUGUCCCCACCCCCUGUACAUCCCUCCCAUGUCUUUCUGGGGAGAUGGGUGUCCCCACCCCCUGUACAUCCCUCCCAUGUCUUUCUGGGGAGAUGGGUGUCCCCACCCCCUGUACCUCCCUCCCAUGUCUUUCUGGGGAGAUGGGUGUCCCCACCCCCUGUACAUCCCUCCCAUGUCUUUCUGGGGAGAUGGGUCUCCCCACCCCCUGUACAUCCCUCCCAUGUCUUUCUGGGGAGAUGGGUGUCCCCACCCCCUGUACCUCCCUCCCAUGUCUUUCUGGGGAGAUGGGUGUCCCCACCCCCUGUACAUCCCUCCCAUGUCUUUCUGGGGAGAUGGGUGUCCCCACCCCCUGUACAUCCCUCCCAUGUCUUUCUGGGGAGAUGGGUGUCCCCACCCCCUGUACAUCCCUCCCAUGUCUUUCUGGGGAGAUGGGUGUCCCCACCCCCUGUACAUCCCUCCCAUGUCUUUCUGGGGAGAUGGGUGUCCCCACCCCCUGUACCUCCCUCCCAUGUCUUUCUGGGGAGAUGGGUAUCCCCACCCCCUGUACAUCCCUCCCAUGUCUUUCUGGGGAGAUGGGUGUCCCCACCCCCUGUACAUCCCUCCCAUGUCUUUCUGGGGAGAUGGGUGUCCCCACCCCCUGUACAUCCCUCCCAUGUCUUUCUGGGGAGAUGGGUGUCCCCACCCCCUGUACAUCCCUCCCAUGUCUUUCUGGGGUAGGAGAUGGGUGUCCCCACCCCCUGUACAUCCCUCCCAUGUCUUUCUGGGGUAG